AGGCAUGUUCAAGCUUCAUAUCCAUAAAGACAUGCCUAGAUAGAUCCUCUGUUAAGUGUACUGCUUUUUUUUUCUAUCUGUGAAAAAGUAAAUUUUUCUUGUUGAGGGCAAUAGUAAUACUGAACAAAGGGUCUCCCUGGACAUGUCUUUAUGGAUAUAAACUUGAUACAUGCCUCUAUCACUGGUAAAAAAAAUCAGCACGUUUGCUCGAGCCGUAAUGGAGAUAUUCGAAUUUCUUAUCACACAGUUAUUUAUGGACCACCCUGUAUAUCGAAUCAAGGUCUUUUAUUUCUGAAAGUUUCAGCUCUCUAGCUAAAACUAGUGGUUAGAUACGCCAAUUGUCGUACUCGAUUUUUGCAAUAGUUUCACAGUAAAAAUAUGCAAAAAUCGAGUACGAAAAUUUGUAUUUUAGUCUUGACGAUGUUUUUGUACCACUAGUUUUAGCUAGAGAGCUGAAACUUUCAGAAACAAAAAAAGACCUUGAUUAGAUAUAUAUAUGAUAGAAAUUUCAGCUCUCUAUGUCAAUAAAAAGUAUGAAAAAUAUGAUUAACAAUUUAUCAUCAGUUAUUAUGAGAUACCUUUUAUAUGCCUGAAGUGUUCCUAGGAAAUGAUGUGUCUUCACACUUUGUGUAUCCAAAAAGAUUUUAAUUAUUACGUCAGACCGUUUUCGACCAUGACCCGUCUAACUAGACUAUUAAAAUCGAGGAAAAAAAUUUUUUCCAGAAAAGUGGUAGAAACUCCACGGAUUCACCAUAGUACGAGUUAUGGCAACUUCUCCGUAUCGGAUUGAGGAAAUUUCUAGAAUUUUACGCCAUAGCACGCCUGGGAAAUUUCUUUCAUGAGGCAUUUCACACUAAGCAGAUCUGGUUUAAAAUGAUGAAUAUCAUAAAAGUAGUUUUUAUUUUUUAAAGUUUAAUGAAUAUAACCAAUAAUCGGUAUGAUGACCAUUAGCGUUCUUUACAGCGGAAGACGUGACGGAUAGAAACAUAAUUGAGUUUCAAAUAACUCGAUAUUCGUUUUCAUAUUUGUCAAAAUAUCUGACAUGUGUUUUUUAGAGUUUCUUCGUGGUAACGAUUAUGUUCCACCUUUGAUAGCAUUUUUUUAACUUCAUUUUUAUUAUUGUUUCAAGAUUUUCAGACAAAGUGUCGAUUGACUUGGUGUUAGAAAUUUCCUGAAUUCGAUACGGAGAAGUUGCCAUAACCUUCCCUAUUUAAUACUGAUAGAUCACAUUUUCGACGCGCUUUAAUCUGGUAUAAAAUUUGUUAUGGAUGCUAUUUGAAGUCACAGCGUUCCCUCCUCCUCCUCUGCCCAAAGGGAGUGUCAGGAUAGAGAUUAAGAUGAGGAUAGGGGCAAAGCGAUGUGUGAAGAACAGAAGAAGGUCUACAUAUAAUUUGAGUACUUUUCAAAAUGAUUUUUGAUCACUCCUAAUUCUAACUGAAAGCUGUAGAAAAGAAAAUGUAGUGGGAGCAAGUAUCCGGAGAGCAACUGUCGUGGAUUCACUUUCGCUAAAUUGGCGACCUGGAACUAGAUUUUUGCUAAUAUUUAAAUUGACGUUAGUUUCGAUCAUCAAAAAAAGCACAUUGUUCGACAGCAACACUAAUAAAUCAGGUCAAUGUUCGCGUAUUGUUAGGAAUACAUCAAACUCAUCAAAAUCCUCUACAAAUUUCUUUCUCUGUACAAUGCUCCAUAGAAAAGACUGCCAUCAUGACGGUGACUGUGUCGGUGCGAUGGAGAUCUUUGCUAUGAUACCCUCCGAAUUUUAUCUUUUGCGUGCAAAAGAUAAAAUUUGACAAGAGUGACAAUCUCGAUGCAUUAUCUUAAUUAAUUAUUUUAGGUACAGACACAAGCAAUUUUACUGCAGCAAAUAAAAUAUUUCUUAAUAAUCCUCAAAUAACUCUUUGGCGAUUUGAAGUUGUCUAUACAUUUACAUCUGAAACGAGUUCAAGUGCAUUGAAUUUUGUUAUCAAUCAACCUCCAUACAAUGGUUCUUGUUUAAUUAAUCCUCAUAAUGGGACAACAAGUACUUUAUUUACAGUUUCAUGUCCAGAUUGGUUUGAUGAAGAUGGAAUUAAAGAUUAUUUAUUUUAUGUUUGGACAAAAGAUUCAUCAGAAAAAAAAAUGAUUGCUUUUUCACCUAUAUCAGAUUUUCAAGUUCGAUUACCAUCGGGAGAUAAUCAAACAUCAUUACUCAAUAUUAUUAUUUAUAUUCGUGAUUUUCUUGAUUGUGUUGUAGAAGUUAAUAUGCCUUCUAUAAGUAUUAUACCAAAUUCAACAGAAAUUAAUAAUUUAAUUAAUAAUCUACAAAGCUCAUCAAAUGAAAUAAAUUAUAAUUCAAUUGCUCAAUUACUUUUUAGUGGAAAUCAAAAUAUUGUUGGACAAAUCAUUAUUUCACUUUCAGAAGAAUUCAAUAAAAUGAACAGUGAAAAUGUAGAUAAAGCUAUUUCAAAAGGAAUUCCUGCUGCAACUAUUUCAAUAUCAUCAUUAGGAAGUACAAGUUCACAAAGAACUUCAAUACCAUUGAAUGCAUCAGCUUUGAUUGAAUAUGAAAAAGAAUUAAAUUCUCAAGCAAAUGUUCGAGAUUAUUUAAUAACAUUUACAAAUAAUCUUGCUAUCACAACAUCGAAUAGUAUCAAAUUACAAUCAGCAUCAUUAGCUCAAUUAACUCAAUCUACAAAUCAAUUAACACGAACAACUGUGAUGCUUGCAUCAAAUAAAUGUUAUGAAUUAUCUCUUGCUUUACAUUCAAUGGCAAAGAGAAUUCCAUAUGAAGAUGUUCAAAUAGCAUCAAAUCAACUUAUUCGAUGUGCUUCAAAUGUUUUGACUGCUGUCAAUGGACCAUUACAAGAAAGAACAAGUUUACUAAAUUUAGAUUUAUCUCGUGCAAAUGCAUUACCUACUGAUUACGAUACUGAUCUUGAAGCUGAAUGGUCGAAUCUAAAUUUAUUUGCUAAUGGAAAUGAUUUUUCAAUUGAAACAAUUGAAAAAAAUCGAAAUAUUUAUUAUCAAAAACAAUUAGCAAAUGAAAUAACACUUCAAACAAAUAAAAUAAUUUCCUUGUUAACAUCUUCAUUAAAUAUUCAUUUAAAUAUUGGUCAAAAUUCAAUAAUGAAUAGAUCUGAAGCAUUUAUGUCAUUAGAAACAAUAUCAAUUAAUUCUCUUUCAAAUAAACAAAUUCAACAAAUUGGAAAUGCUCAGUUUAAUAUUCCAUCAAAUUUUAAUUUAAAUACAAAUAAUAAUUCAACAAUUUCAAUUCGAUCAAUGAUGACACCACUGGCUCCAUUUGGUAAUUCUAAAUUUCAAUCAAAUACAAAUCUUUCAACAUCAAUUUCACUUUCAAUUCUUGAUAAAUAUGGAAAUGAAAUUUCUAUUGAAACAAAUAUUAAUCAACCAAUUCAAUUAAUUAUUCCUCGUGAUCCGAAUGUUAUAAUUCCAUCAAUGAUUGUACAAAAUGUGACUUCAAUUAAUUCAACUCUUCAUAAUCAAUUAUUUUAUUUAAAUUAUAUUAAUAUCACAAAUGAUCUUACUAUUGCAGUUCAUUUUGAAAUACAUCCUUUGAAUAUAAGUCUUGCUUAUUUAUUUAUUUAUAAAUUUGAUCAAACACCUUUGUUAAAUAGUUCGACUAAUUUCAUUGAUGGAUGGAUACUCUUUUGUCCUUCAAAUUUAACUAAUGAAAGCAUUUAUACAUACCUUAUUAAUAAUCAACAAACAUUUGGACAUCAAUCAUUGAUAUUUGGUUUAAGAGAAUUAAAUUCAACAGAAAUUAUUGAUUUUUGUUCGAAUUCUUCAUAUACUAAUCUACCUAUUACCGAUGAAGGAUUUAAUUUUACAUCAAAUUAUGAACUUCGUAUUUAUACAUCAGGUUGUUAUUAUCUUGAUUCUAAUAAUAAUUGGAAAUCAGAUGGAUUAAUAGUUGGAUCAUUAACAAAUCAUUAUGAAACGGAAUGUUUAGCAACUCAUUUAACAACAUUUGCUGGUGGUUUUAUUGUUUUACCUUCACCAAUCAAUUGGAGUUAUGUUUUUGCUAAUGCUGAUUUUAUGCGAAAUAAAACAAUUUAUUUAACAGUUAUAUCUUUUUCGAUAAUCUAUAUCAUUUUAAUGAUUUAUGCUCGUUUUAAAGACAAAAAAGAUAUUGAAAAAUUGGGAGUCACACCAUUAUCUGAUAAUAUAAAAUCUGAUCAAUAUUUUUAUGAAAUUCUCGUUUUUACUGGUCGACGAGUCAAUGCUGGAACAAAAUCAAAAGUAAAAUUUUAA